CAGACGUCAAUGAGCAGCAGGCAAAAACUAUAACUUGCACGCAUGUCCCCCCCCCCCAUGCCAGAGACAACAAAAGGCCAAGUAAAUGUCGCUGCCGAACAAACAGGCUGUGGGGCUAUCAACGAUGGUAUUGCUGGCGCUGCUGCUGCCAGUGGCACCUCAGCACCAAAUGGAAGACAAACACAAUCAACCGAAUGCCCGCUACAACAUGGAGCAAAAGUUUUCGCUGCCCGCCGUACCGCUGCCACCGCCUCCGCCGCCUUUCUCGGCGGCCAAGCACAACUUUUCCCUGAACGCCUUUGCGGGCGACCACCAGCACCAGCACCAGCACCCACUAGCUGGAACUGCAACUGGAAAUGGCAGCAGCGCCGGGUGCGGAGGCCUGCUCAAGGCGAGGAGCGGCAUCAUUCAAACGCCCAGCUUUCCGCUUCGCUUCGCCACGCCAAUCGAGUGCGUCUGGAUAAUCGAUGCCUCCGAUCUGGCGGUAUCUCAGGGCAAGGAAAACGUAUCCAUAGUUGUGUAUCUCACACAACUGUACGUGCUGAGCGGCCUCAAGCUCACCGAGUUCAUGUACUACUCGGAUGACUUCAGGGUGCCAGCGCAUCGCGUUUUCACCUUAACCGAAGACGAAGUAACUCAGGUUUCCUGGGUGCAGUUCCACAGUCCGUACUUGGAGAUCCGCUUCACCAUGGCCACCUUGGAUGGAACUCAUUUGCGGGCACUCGAUCGCUUGCUGGAUGUCUACGGCUUCAACAUCACCUACGAGGUGCAGCACGAGGUGAAGCAAACGCAGUGCAAUACGCUCCAAUGCCGCUUUCUGGGAAAUUGCUAUGCCAGCGCGGACUACGGUUCGUAUGGUUGCGCCUGUUUUCCAGGCUUCAGCGGCAGCGAUUGUGGCCACGGUCCGUUAUGCCAAGACAUCCACACGAACGUGUGCCAAAACGGUGGAACCUGCAAGCACAUCGGCGAUGCGGCCAUAACUUGCCACUGUCCAGUGGGGUACAAAGGGACCAGAUGUGAAAUACCCGAAAUAAAAAGGACAACGCAGGGUUGCACUAUUAAUGCGAGCUCCAUCGAUUGUCAUCAGGCUUGCAACUUUGACAACUACAACGGAGCUACUUCCAGUUCCAGUCAGAGUUACUCGGUUCUCAGAAGUAGCCCAAGCUCAGCGCGAAGCGGUAAAACUCGCUACGAAGUGACGAUGCGACUUGGUGCAAAUCUAACGGGAUAUUAUCGAUAUGCUGAGAGGGAGCAGCUAUCGGGUGUAAUGGAAAGACAGCUGGGUCGAGUGCUGCGCAACUUCAACAUAACAAAAAUCAGCGAUCUCGAGCUGAUUUCGAACUCCACCGAACGCUUGGACAUGACUUUCCACUUCUUUGGCACCAAAGGCGACUCGCAGCGCAUUCGGGAGGCAAUCACACGAAUGGUCGAACGUGGCAGAAUCGGAAACUUUACUUUGGUGGCCAAUUUUCAUCACAUCGAUGAGAAUCCACCGCUGAACAUGCUGGACCUGAGCGUCAAUCAACCGCAGGCAAGCGUGCGCGAGGACAGUGAGUUCGUCAUAUCCUGCACGGCCCAGGGCUCUUCCCGCAUGCAGUUUCAGUGGUUCAAGGAUGGAGCCGCGGUAAAUGCCAGCAAGGCAACGAGGGAAAUCUGGACUACUGUGUUGCCACCUGAAAACAAAGAUGUCUACACGGCGAUCCUUGGCAUUAGAAAGGCUAGUCGGAUCGAUGAGGGUGUCUACAGUUGUAAGGUCACCGACUGGGGCGUGGAGCAAUGCCGCUCCCUACACAUUCACAUCAAGUCACCUCCCCGUCUGAGAGUGGAUCCUGCGAGUGUCACAUUGCAGCGCGGAGACUCCCUGCGAGUGCGUUGCCUAUCGCCCGGCAACGAUGACAUCAAACGAUACGCCCAGCUGGGCUACAGUUGGACCCGCAAUGGUGUGCUCUUCCAGUCGAACACAGCCACCGCCAUGUGGGAGGAUCUGUAUCCCGAUGGCAGCAUCCUGAAGAUCAACAACAUACAAAAGUCCGCCGAGUACGCCUGCCUCGUAUCGAACAGUGUGCGCCCAGUGUCCAAGAGUGUCUACAUCAACGUCAUCGAACGCAAUGCGGCGCACGUGUGUGCCGCAGAGUCCACCUACGGGGUACACUGGCCCACCAGUGCCCCCGGAGCACCCAUCAUUACAGACUGUCCGCGAGGCUUUGAGGGUCAUCUGCGACGUAUUUGCGAGCAACGAGACACUGGAAACUCGAGUUGGCUGCUGCCCGACUUCUCGGGCUGCGUGCGGGAUGAGCUGCUCAUCAUCUACAAUCGAUAUCGGGCCUUGAGUGCUGGGUUCCAGCAAACGAAUUCCUCAAACAUACUCAAGGCCUGCUUCGAUUACACCAUUCAGAGACGUUCCAGCUUUCUGCCCGGCGAGGCGAGCUUCCUCAUUGACAUGUUGCAUGAGCUCGACACCUACCUGCAGCUGAAAGGCACCCAACUAGAGCGUGAGAUGGCCGCGGAGGUUAUACUGCGCAUCCUGGAUAAAGUCAUGCAGAACUCUCAAUCCUUGAACAGUCAACAGCAAAUUAAAAAGCUGCAGCUGUUGACGCAAUCGGCGGCGCUGAACCGCGAGACAAUUGCGGCCUCACAAUUGGCCACAUCGACAAGCGGCAGCAGCCAGCCGUCGCCAGCUGACAGCUCGACAGCGCUGACCGCACAGGCCGGCGGCACUGCCAGAGAGGAUGACAGCGGCAGCGACAGCGACAGCGGCAGCGGCAGUGGCUCGGGGGCAGACAACAUUUCUGCUGGCUCUGCGGGAAAUUUGCAAGCGACUCGCGAUGGCCGAGCAGGAGCCUCCAGCAUUUUGACAGUCGAUGAGGACACACUGUCCCUGGAUCGCCUCAACUCGCUGCGCAUCUACAUGACAUCUGUGAAGACUCUGCCCUUCAAUUUGCGUAUUUAUGGCGAGGACUUAUUUUCGGAUCAACUCUACAUGGACAUAGGACUAUCCAGCCGCCUGCUGCACAUCAUGGCCAACUCAACAAUAUUCGCGUCCGUAAUCUCGUACAAGAACUUGAAGAGUUUCCUGCCCAAAACCUACUACACCAGAGGAAGCGAUCCCAUGGACACGGACUAUGUGCUUGCUUCGAGGAUUAUCCAAACCUGGCUGUUCCAGUCCAACCGAUCCAAUGACAACUUUCGGGAGCCACUCGAUGUGCCCUUCGAGUCGGGGCACGUGGAGAUCAUUUUCCAACACGAAAGUGUGCCCAAAACGGGUAAUUGGGUGGCCGUGUGCGGCCACGACUACAAAGCCUCGUUCGAGUCCACUUGGCGAUCGGAUCUGUGCAUCACCAAGCAUCUGAUGGCGAACAUAACCCGCUGCAUUUGCCCGCUCUCCGGAACCUAUGUGGUCAUGCUGACCAAGCGACAGCAGAACACCACGCAGCCGCAUGCCCCGCAGCGGCCCAUCUUCGUGAUCGCCAGCUGCGCCUGCUGCCUGCUACAAUGCGGCUCAGCUCUGCUUAUACUGGUGCCCAUCUGGUGCAAUCGCAAGUGUGCCAUUACCUUUCUUAAAAUUCAGUUCUGCAUCUCGACGGCGAGCGUGAUGCUCAUCUACUUGCUGGGCUUCAUGAAGAUGCUGCCAGUGAACUGGCACGCCAUCAUUAGCAGCUCGCUGGCAUCGCUGUUAUUGCUGGGCGUCUCAACGCUGAUUGCGAUUGCCUUGGUCAUACACACGGAGCUGAUGCCCAAGAAGUAUCUGCAAAUUGGCAGCAAGCAGCCGGCGACGCCCACCAACAAAAGACGCCGCGAGCGGGAGAGUUUAAGCAACAUUACCCAAAUACGCGCCCAGUCGCCGCCGGUGGGGGCUGGCAACAAUCGGCACAGGCCUCAGGCCGUGAGCGUCAACAGGGAUUCCUCGUUCGAGGGCGGUGCGGCGGGCAUACGAGGCGCCAUUGGCAUUAGCUGGCUGCUGCCGCUACUCUUCGCUGUGGCCGCCCCACUAAUCUGCAGCAUCAUUGGCAAGUGGCCGCGCCACUGGUGGCUUGAUAUUCUCUCGACAGUGUCGUCUUCGGAUGACGCUGCCAGCAAGUCCGACUCCGAGCCAACGGAGUCUGAUGGCGGCGGCCUCUACUAUUCAACGCAUUCGCUACUCAACGGCGAUAAUUUACUGCUGGAAUCGGAAGCGCUGCUGGGCAAUGCAACGAGCUCUCCAGCUGAGACAUCCUCAAAUGGGUUGGACGACGUCGAUGUGGCCACGUCAACGUCAUCAAUCAGAGCCAGCAACGACAGUCAUGGCAUGGCAGUCGCCGUAGCUGCGGCCUCGACUUGGCCACAGCAACAACAGCAGCAGCUGCCCGUUAGCCGUUACUCCUCUUAUACCUCAGGGUAUGGACAGGCCGCGACUUUAACUUCCGGCCUGAGCGAAGCCGGAGCGGCUCUGCCAUCAACAUCGACAUCGACGCCGUUGUCGCCAUCUCUGAGCUUCAUCCUGUUCGUUUGCAUCGAUUUUCUUUUCGUUUUCCUUUUCUUUGCGCUGUUUGCCAUUUUAAUGAAGAAACUUUUGUGGUUGUGGCACAAGAAUCGCAAUGUGCACACGCAUCCGUUGGAUAAAUUCAAUCUGGCUUUGCAAAGGCGGCUUGGCCUACUUUAUAGAGCAGGUGGAUUGCUGCUCGUUAAACUAUGCACCGAUGGGUUCUUCAUUGUUUAUGUUAAUUCAUUACCGGAUACUUUGUGGGGAUAUCCGUUUGGCAUUUCGUGUAUCAUAUUGGGCUUUGGCAUCCUCUUUUGUUUUAUCAUCAAGGCUGAGAGCCAGCUGCGAGGGCCACCGUUUCUGAGCAGCAACGGCAGCAGUCAGAACAGCUCGUUAAAGCAAACAAAGUUCAGCACGAGCAGGAGCAGCCUGGACGACAACUACUGCACUACAACGGCGAACGUCAACAGUCCGUUAAGCUUCUACACCAACCAUGACAAAGAGAAGGAGAACGACUGUGCGCUAUCAUUGUCAAUGACGAACUCAAGAGCAACAGCAGCAGCAGCAGCAGCAGCUGAGGCAGCUUCGUCUGGAGAAAACGCCCCACCACUGCAAUCAAAGGUGGGCCUGGAGUUGUCUGGUGCCCAUGGAGCUGCCGUGCAGCUGCCGCUGACAAUCAUUUCAGCUUCGCCGCGUUGCCAGGCAGCUGCAGCUGUUGCAAUUGGAAGCUCGACGGAGACCUUCCUCGGUGACCGUCAAACGCUGCCAGCGACUGUUGCGCCUUCGCCGGACACACGAUGCUGCGCACUUCUUGGUGGAGGCAAGGCAUACGACGCAUACACGAUGAGCAUGGGGAUUGGGGGACUAACAGGUAGCCUUGGAAGACGAACUUUGCAUCAGCAUCAGCAACAACCGACUCAUUUCCGGUCGGGACCAUGCGGGGACUUUGUGGGUGUCGAGACACUGGACAUACUUCAAGGUGUAGCAGCAGAUAGCAUAAUUGGAAUUCACACCAGCACCAUGAUGCCCUCGUCGGCCACGUCCGCCUCUCACUAUGUUCCGCUGCAACAUAAUCCAUAUGUUGACUUUGUGCCCAGCUCGCUUAUCCUCAGCCUGCCCGCUCCUCAGCUGCUGCCACCGCCGACCAUAAGUGGCAACUUGAGCAGCUCUGGCAUGUCCAAUGGCACACUCUCGAUGUCCUUGCCCACACCAAACCCCAAGACCCAGAAGCGAGUGACCAUUCUGGAACCCACGUCGAGGGCUACCUUCGAUCCUCUGCUACCCACAAUGGUGGCAGCCGUUGUCUCCACUUCUGUGGCGACAACGACGGCGGCUGCAAAUCCUAUACCUACGCAAGGUGGUGCCAAUGAUGCCACACUCGAUCGCAUCACCAUGGACCUCGAUUAUUUACUGAAUAGGGGAAAUUUGGAAAACGCGGAAGGAGGAGGAGCGCCAUCCGAGACGCACAACUGAAACUACGGCAAACAGCAGACAAAGUGAAGGUCUCUCUGACACAAAGAUGCAUUUACGAGGCUUCGAUUUUGAAUAUCAAAUGUACAUAAAAACAUGCAAAAAUAUUUGUAAAUAAAUCGACUAACACAAACACUAAACCUAAAGUUGAAAGCUCUGUGAAUAUUUAUGUUUUUUAUGCAUUAACUAAAGUAAAAGCUCUACAAAUAUAUCAGGCAGUCAGCAAUUAUCGGUUAGAUUGGAAAAUGAUCAUUUAAAAGUGAUUUCGAUUCAGAUUAGGAUUACAAAACUUUACUAAGCGACAAAAACCAACCGAGAGAAUUUAAAGAAAAAGGUAACUUUUUAGCUAGUAUUUACAACAAAAAGAAAAGGGUACUAAACAUAACAAUAUGAAAAUUAUAAAUGAUAAAUGAAAGAGCUAGAAGAAGCUUUGAUUUCGAUGAAAAGUUUUGCUAGUUAAGAUCCCAUUUAAGAUAUAAAAACUUACAAAAUGCAAUAAUUGUAAUACCGAUAAGAAUAACAGGAAUAUUUCUGCAAAACUUUAAUUAUACAGAUAUAUCUUUAAAUAAACUCAAGACUCUUGUUA